GUCCUCGUCAGCUCAGCUCGAAACACUCAAGCAGGGACGGGCCGACCGAGAGGGAGAACCCAGGCCGGCCAGAUGGAGCAUGAGGAUCAAGAAGCGCAGAAGCCUCUCCUGGCCACGGCCGCAGGGAGCAGCGGUGAUGGCCGUCAGGGAGCGGCGGCGUCCUCCUCCUCCUCUUCGAUUGCGGUCGUGGUCGCCAGCACCGCCGUCGCCGUCGCCGGAUCCUUCGAGUUCGGCAUCUCGGUGGGCUACUCGUCGCCUUCUCAGCCGGGCAUCAUGCGUGAUCUCGACCUCUCCUUAGCCGAGUACUCUCUCUUUGGCUCGAUACUAACCAUUGGAGCAAUGCUAGGAGCUAUUGUCAGUGGUACCGUGGCAGACCAUGUCGGCCGAAGAUGCACAAUGGCAAUAUCAGAUCUUCUUUGCAUUCUUGGAUAUCUGCUGAUAACCUUUUCCCAGAAUUUUUGGUGGCUUGACAUCGGACGGGUCUCAAUUGGAUGUGGAAUCGGCCUUCUUUCAUAUGUGGUUCCAGUCUAUAUAUCAGAGAUAACACCAAAGAAUCUCAGAGGAGGAUUUGCAACUGUAAACCAGUUUAUGAUAUGUUGCGGGGCAUCUCUUGCGUAUGUUUUGGGGACCUUUAUCACUUGGCGUACCUUGGCAAUCAUCGGAGUGGCACCAUGUUUACUGCAGUUGGUUGGCCUUCUUGUGACUCCUGAAUCCCCUAGAUGGCUGGCAAGGUUUGGACACCCAGGUGCAUUUGAGGCAGAGUUGCAGAAGCUAAGGGGAAAGGGAACUGAUAUAUCUGAGGAAGCAGUAGAAAUCAAAGAUUUUACAGAAAAGCUUCAGCACUUACCAAAGUCAAAGAUGUUGGACCUGUUUGAGAAGGAUUAUAUUCAUGCUGUUACAGUUGGAGUUGGGCUAAUGGCCCUUCAACAGUUUGGGGGAGUGAAUGCCAUUUGUUUCUAUGCUAGUGAAAUAUUUGUUUCAGCUGGUUUUUCGUCAGGAAACACAGGAAUGCUUGCUAUGGUUGCUGUCCAGAUUCCGAUGACGGGAUUAGGGGUACUUCUAAUGGAGAAGGCUGGAAGGAGGCCACUUUUGAUGGUCUCUGCAGCUGGAACAUGCCUGGGUUGCCUACUAGUUGGUUUGUCAUUCUUAGCUAAGGAGCAUCACUGGGGAAAGGACCUGAACAUAUUGCUGGCUUUGGCAGGCAUUCUGACCUUCGGGGGAUCCUUUUCACUGGGCAUGGGGGGAAUACCAUGGGUCAUAAUGUCAGAGAUCUUUCCCAUAAACAUGAAGGGAGCAGCAGGAAGCCUUGUGACCCUAGUAAGCUGGCUCGGCUCAUGGACCGUCUCCUAUUCCUUCAACUUUCUCCUGGUGUGGAACUCUUAUGGCACAUUCUUCAUCUUUGCAAGCAUAUGUGGCCUAACAGUUGUGUUUGUGGAGCGGCUAGUGCCAGAAACAAAAGGAAGAACCCUAGAAGAGAUUCAAGCCUCCAUGAACUCGUCCUUAACGGGCCCCCCUCACAAAUGAUUUGGUUGUGUAGUUUAGAUGGCCAAAUAUGUAAAGUUUGGGCGAUUAUCUGGGAUACUGUUGUUUGUAGACGACUAGACGUAGGAGUUUGUACAUCAUAUUUUCCCAAUAACAUAUGCAUACUGUAUUGGGUGCCACUGAUUGAGUUUAGCAUGCUAAUUUUUAUCCAUUUGAAAUUGAA